AAAAAAACCUUUUCUUCUAAAGCUAGAAGCAAAUCAGAGAGACAAAACAAACCCUAGGAAGAUUCUUCUGUGUAUUCAGGAGGAAGAGUCUAAAACUGACGAUGAACGAAGUCCCCUCCGAAUUGGUCGAAGAAAUUUUGGCACGAGUGCCGGCGAAGGAUUUAUUAAGGUUCAGAUGCGUAUGCAAACGAUGGAAAUCAUUGAUCGAAGACAAGCAAUUCAUCAAAAAACACUUGGCAUGUUCCCGACAGAAGUUUAUUUCGCACGGGGAUUAUCAUUUAGCCACUUCUUACAGUCGCCUUGGUAAUAGAACCAAGAUACUACUUGAGAAGCGUGUGAAGUCAGUUCUUUACAGCAACGGACUCAUCUGUCUUCGUUUCACAGACAAGUCUCUGGCCAUUUGGAAUCCCGCACUCAGGGAACUAAGAGAUAUACUGCCUACGACGGCUGAGAGAAAGGGUUUAGAAAACAUCGGUUUCGGUUACGAUCAUUCGACCGAUGAUCACAAGAUAGUUCUGUUCACUUCCUCUUCCGUGGGUCGGGCCGAAAUCAUCUCGUUAAGGAGUGGGUCAAGGGCCAUUGAUUCCCCACCGUAUGAUUUCCAAGACCGUGGCGACUCUGAGGUAGGAGUUUCGUUAGGAGAUCAUAUGUUCUGGCUGGUUUGGCAUCGCACAGAGUGUGACAACUUAAUAAUGAGCUUUGAUGUCGUGUCGGAGACGUUCAAAUGCUUCUCGUGCCCUUCCGCUGAUGGUCGGGUUGUGUACGGUCCUCUAAUGGCGAUAGGAAGAUACAUCUGUGUGGCGAACAAACCGGCCCAUACGAGGGCAAACGAGAUCAGCGUUUGGGGUGGACAGUUUGAUAAAGGUGAGAGUAGAGUGGAGUCUUGGAGCAACUUAUUCACGGUGACAAUAGAUGAUCUCAAAUUGUCGAGACGAAGUUGGUUUUUCGAGCAAUACAUUGUGGAGUGCGAUGCAAAGGCCAUGGAGGUGCUUGUCAAAGUAUAUGAUCGGGAUGAGUGGAAGCCGAAAGUGGUAAGGCUGUCUGCAUUCGACGUCAGAGAAAACGUUUUCACAAAGUUCGAUAUGGAUUACCGUGUCGAAUGUGGCCCGUUUCCGUAUCCGUAUCCGUACAAGGAAUCACUCGUCUCGCCUUACGGUUUCUUGUAGUCGUAUUCCUCGGCUUACAACCAUUUUUAUUUCAUCGACGAUUGAAACUGUGUUGGUCAUGUGGACCGUUUUAAUCCAUAUUGCGUUGUCAUUAAUAGGUUAUAUGAUUAAUUAUAAUUCAAUAUUUAUA